ACAGAUGCAUAUAUAUAUAGGUCACUGGAUAUAGGUCAAGUCAUGUGAACUUGCGGAAUUUAACCCUGUCUGAAAUGAGGUGCUGCGGAGCACGCUGCUUACUUCUUGUUGCCGUGGCAGUGGCAGGCUUGGCUUAUAUAGCCUAUGUCCCAGUGCCUGAUGACUUUGAUAAUCCCUGGGAGAUAAGGCCCAUCAUAUGGUCUACAAAACUAGGACCUUAUUUGUUUUGGCUGGGAGAGAAGCUGGGAUAUGGAACAGAGCUGGAGCAGCUACGUGCCCUGUUUGAGAAGAUGGGAGACAUGGUGCCUCCAGACCCUAACUCCUCAGUUAAGAUGACGGAAACUGAAUUUGACGGUGUUAAAGUUAGGUUGUACGAACCUAUGUCGAGGGCGGAGAAGCCAACUGGUGCCUUUGUAUUCUACCACGGUGGAGGAUGGUCCGUCGGGAGCGCAAGGGCAUAUGAUUAUCAUACCCGGUCGAUUGCAGAAAAAUUGAAUAUAGUAGUGGUGUCUGUGGAUUUCCGCCUAGCCCCAGAGCACAAGUUUCCUGCUGCCUUAGAUGACUGCACUGCCGCCACGUUACACUUGCUGAGAAAUGCUGCGCAGUACAACGUCGAUCCCAACAGAGUGGCUAUAGGAGGAGACAGUGCCGGCGGAAACCUUGCCGCGACCGUAUCUCUCAAGCUCCGCGACAUGAAGGCGAGUCUGCGACCAGUUCUUCAGCUCCUGAUCUACCCUAACGUCCAGUCACUGGACCUCUGGUCGCCGUCUUCCCAGCAAAAUGAAAAGCAGAAUCUUUAUCUCGGGAGAAAAUGGAUGGCGAUCUUCAAAAUGGCAUACGCGCUAGGUCGCGAUGGCAAUGAUGCUAUCAGGGAAAUGCUUUUCCAAAACCAACACUUAUCAGCCAAAACAUUUGCCAAAUAUCACAGAUAUUUAGAUUAUGUGCGUCUUCUCGAUAGGGACUCUAUUCCCGAGGACUUUGAAAAUCAAUCAACAAGAAGUCGGCCUUUAAAAGAGCCAAUUUCUGCGGAGUUUGAAGACACCAUCACCAAUUCUUACUUCUCUCCAUUACUGGCGGCGACUCUACGUGAGGUACCGCCGGCGUGUCUGUUCACGGCAGAGUACGAUCCCCUGAGAGACGAAGGUUUCCUUUACAAGCGUCGCCUGGAAGACGCUAGCGUUCCUGUGACGCAUUUGCAUUAUAUUCCGGCGUGGCACGGGUUUUUCUCUACUCCUCAUAGGAAUACUGAUAUAUACAAAAGAUUGAUGAGAGAUAUUUGUGACUGUUUGUCGAAAGGAUUAAAACUUUGACUUUUGUAUCAUAGUUAUGUUGUUUUAUCGUUUUUACGGAAUUCAUGCCUAGGAUAUUUUGUCUUUGUAAUUUGUUUUUAAUGUUAACUAAUUAUUUUAGAGGGAAACAUUGAUAAAGAUCUAGAAUAGUGUGUUCAUUUAGGAUAUCAAAUGAUUUAAUGAUUAAAGCUAAGUAAGUUCAAAGUAAUGAAAUGCCCAUGCCAUACAAACAAAUAUUUAAAAAAAGAAAUUCAACGCAUUUCGAUUUAUAAUUAUGUUUUAUGAAUGAGGAAUAAAAUUAAUGUUUCCAAUCAAUCGUAGGUCUGAAAUGUUAUUAUUCUCUUUACUUUGACAAGUUUAUUAAUGUGAAA